AUGCCGACCGCCAUAAAUGCAGUGGUGGCUCAGCAAAGGGCUGCUGGGUCAGUCCCCAGCAGCACUGCUGGCACUACGGAGGGGGCAGGAGGGGGCACGGGGGGAAUUUAUUCUGCCAUUAUAAGCCGCAAUCAGCCCAUUAUCCACGUAAAGGAGAAGACAUAUGAAGAGCUUCACAAGAAGUGCCUUGAGAAAAACAUUCUCUACGAAGAUCCUGAUUUCCCCCCAAAUGAGUCAUCCCUUUUCUACAGCCAGAAAAGCCCUGUCAAGUUUGAAUGGAAAAGACCACGUGAAAUCUGUGAGAAUCCACGGUUUAUUAUUGGUGGAGCCAACAGAACAGAUAUCUGCCAAGGAGAAUUAGGUAACUGCUGGUUUCUGGCUGCCAUUGCUUGCCUGACACUGAAUAAAAAACUACUCUGUAGAGUCAUUCCUCAUGACCAGUCCUUUAUACAAAACUAUGCUGGAAUCUUUCACUUCCAGUUCUGGCGCUAUGGAGACUGGGUGGAUGUCGUCAUCGAUGACUGCUUACCCACCUACAACAACCAGCUGGUCUUUACCAAGUCCUCCCAGCGCAACGAGUUCUGGAGCGCCCUGCUGGAAAAGGCCUAUGCAAAACUCCAUGGGUCAUAUGAAGCUUUGAAGGGAGGCAACACCACUGAAGCCAUGGAGGAUUUCACUGGAGGAGUCACAGAGUUCUACGAGAUAAAGGAUGCCCCUAAAGAUAUCUAUAAAAUCAUGAAACAUGCCAUUGACAGAGGAUCCCUCAUGGCCAGUUCCAUUGAUGAUGACCUAGGCUUUUCUUAUGGAUCAGCUCCUCGGAGCAACAUUGGGGAACUGAUUGCUCGCAUGGUGAAGAAUCAAGAAAAUGCACAGAUGACUCAGUCCACUGUAGACUACCAGGGCAUCGAGGAGAGGCCAGCCUGGACCAUAAUGCCGAUGCAGUACGAGACUCGGAUGUCCUGCGGGCUCGUCAAGGGGCACGCCUACUCCGUGACGGCCGUGGAAGAGACAGUAUUUAAAGGGGAAAAAAUACGUCUGGUAAGGCUGAGAAACCCCUGGGGCCAGGUGGAAUGGAAUGGAGCCUGGAGUGACAAGUCAGAGGUGUGGGACUCUGUUAACGAAGAAGAGAAAAUCCGCCUGCAGCACAAGGUUGUGGAGGAUGGGGAGUUCUGGAUAUCAUUUCAAGAUUUCAUGAGGCACUUCACAAAGCUUGAGAUCUGUAACCUCACACCUGAUGCUCUGGAAGUGGAUAAAUUCCAGACCUGGACCGUGUCAGUUAAUGAAGGACGCUGGGUGAGAGGCUGCUCGGCUGGAGGCUGCCGCAAUUAUCCAGAUACGUUUUGGACCAAUCCCCAGUAUCGCUUGAAGCUUCUGGAGGAAGAUGAUGAUCCUGAGGAUGAAGAGGUUAUCUGCAGCUUCCUUGUCGCACUCAUGCAGAAAAACAGGAGGAAAGAGCGCAAGCUGGGAGCCAACCUGUACACCAUUGGCUUUGCCAUCUAUGAGGUGCCCAAAGAGAUGCAUGGGACUAAGCACCACUUGCAGAAGGAUUUUUUCCUCUACAAUGCCUCCAAAGCUAGAAGUAAGACCUACAUAAACAUGCGAGAAAUCUCUGAGCGCUUCCGGUUACCUCCCAGUGAGUACGUCAUCAUCCCAUCGACAUAUGACCCCCACCAGGAGGGAGAAUUCAUCCUCAGGGUCUUCUCAGAGAAAAGAAGUCUUUCAGAGGAGGUCGAAAACAUGAUUGAGGCAGAACGUCCAUUGGUAAGUACUAAGAAAAAGGGCAAGCCUAUCAUCUUCGUUUCUGACAGAGCAAACAGCAAUAAGGAGCUGACAGCAGAUGAAAAUGCUGGCAAAGAUGGUGAAAAAACCCAAGCAGAUAAGAAAAAGCGUUCUUCAACAAAAGCUCAUGAGGAGAGUGAAGAGCAAAAACAGUUCAGGAAUAUUUUCCGACAGAUUGCAGGGGAUGACAUGGAGAUCAACGCUGAGGAACUUAGGAAUGUUCUCAAUAAUGUCGUAAAAAAACAUAAGGACCUAAGGUCAGAAGGGUUUGAAUUGGAAUCCUGCCGCAGCAUGAUUGCUUUAAUGGAUACAGAUGGCUCAGGGAAGAUAAACUUUGAUGAAUUUCGACAUCUCUGGGACAAGAUUAAAAGCUGGCAGAAAAUUUUCAAGCGCUAUGACACAGAUCAUUCAGGAACCAUUAACAGCUACGAGAUGCGCAACGCAGUCAACGAUGCAGGGUUUCGGCUGAACAACCAGCUCUACGACAUCAUCACCAUGCGCUACGCCGACAAGAACAUGAACAUUGAUUUUGACAGCUUCAUCUGCUGCUUCGUGCGCCUGGACGCCAUGUUCCGGGCAUUCCACGCCUUUGACAAAGAUGGAGAUGGCAUCAUUAAGCUCAAUGUCCUGGAGUGGCUGCAGCUCACACUGUAUGCGUAACACCAGAGCCAGUGUCCACCUCUCAAGAUCACACUGAAGAUUUC